CAGCAUUCAAUUCGCGAAUGUGUGGCCAUGGACCGUCCAGAAAGCGCAGAUACCGAGGUUUCAGCCUCUCCACUUCUGACCUGGUUGGAAAGUCUGGAUGCCUCUGUGCUGGAAGCUCCAGUGCGUUUGAAGCACGAAGCUUUUGAAUCUUUGGUGAACUCCUUGGAUGCAAAUGAUUCGGGCAGGCAAAGCGUCGCUGGAAGAGCUGUGACUCCUGCAGACAGCGUGCGUCGCCCAGACAGCCGUUUGCCAAGAAUAAGGCAUGUUUUUCAGCGACGUGCCCGCGCAGCUCUAUUCCGAGAAUGGCCAUCUGUGGAUCGUGCUUUUGCAGAUACCCAAUUCGUUGAAAAGGUCCUUGUUGACUUGGAACGUGUUCGUUUGGCUUUGGGCGAGCGCCUUGCCAAGCGACAGCUCAUUCAGAAACAAGGUGACCUGCAUGAAGAAAUAGUCGCUGAUGCCACGCGGAGAAGGUUCCGGACAAUAGAUGAAGAUUGCGCUGAACAGCGAUAUCAUCGGCAACUUCAAGCCUCAGCAUGGGAGCAGAUGUCACGUUUUGGUGAUGGCGUACCAUUGGAUUUGCUGCAGGCUCGUGAGCUUUUCAAGGACACAGCAGGCCUCAAGUCCAAAAGUCGCUUCACUGCUGCUGGCCUUGAACGAGGUGCUCUCAAGCAAUUGGGUCUUUUAGGGCAACGUGAGCUGGUCUCUCUACUUGAUGCUGGUGGAGGUUCGCUAGGGCACUGCUCCCGUGCUCAAGGGCGUUUGGAUGUGAAUCGUCCUUGGGCUGAUCCCACAGCUGUCACUUGUCGAUGUGAAGAACCUCCACUUGAGGCGCCAGUCAACCGAGAAGCUGGCUUCGGACAGCCUCCACCAUGGCAGAGCCGGGCGCGUGUGCUUGCGGGCAAAUCUGGAAGGAUAAGCCAUCGUCAGCAACUUCGGGAGGAGCUCAGGCAGGAAGCUGGACCUCCAUCAGUUACUGCUCUUCAUGACACAGUCACCUUGGCGCAGGUCGCAAGAGCUGUGCUUGAUGGAAAUGCCUCUUUACUGGUGCUUGACAAGGCGAACGUCCUUUGGAAUGGGCAGAAUCCCUCCAUCAUAGCGCCAGAGCUUCAAAGAGUACUUGGCACUAGAUCAUGUAGAUUCCCACUUCUAUUUGUUGCUGCGUUUGCUGGAGAACCAACAAUUUGGAAGUAUUUGACAGAGCAGCUGGCACAGCGUGAGCAGCUGCUGCCACACCUCCUGGAAGAUGUCGAGGGUUGGCAUUUACCAGUCAUUCUGUCUUUGGCCCCGCCAGCGAAGAUAAAGACGAAGGAUAGCAAAAAACUCCUGCAAAGCUUCUUUCGCUUGAUGGGCCUCAAGAAGCUUGAGCAAAAAGUCGUGUCUUACUGCUUGCUGUUACCGCGGGAUGGACCCUGGGAAGGUGAUGCUGCUGCACAGCCGACCCACUUGCUAUUGCAACGCGGUGUUGAUAUUUGGCGAGAACUCAUUGAGCUGCUGGUGGCACAGGAUGGCUUUCCACAAGAAGAGGAGGCUGGCAGAAUGGCUCUUGUCGGGCGCAUCCUGGCAGAACAUGGCUACAUGAAGGUUUUUCUUGAUGCGUGCGCGAAGGGCGGGGAUGCACUGCAGCCUCAAAGCCAAGCUAUGGCAGGACUUUACUUGGGAUUGCUGAAGAACUCAGUGCCGCAAGUGAGGUGCCUGAGUGCCUUGCAGGCUCUUUUGGAGCACGGCCUUGCACCUGCAAUGCCCUUGACACCAUCUGCAGAUCAGUGGCCACUUCACGCUGCAGCGCGGCACAAUUGCCUGCCCGUGGUCCAGGUAUUGCUGGUGGCAAAGGCGGACCCUUUUGCUCGCAAUGUGCGUGGGCUGACGGCUUUGGAUGUGGCUAAAAACAGCAGGUCAUGGGCAGCUGCGGCUGCUAUUCGCCGAGCACCUUUCAAAGCGCGUGGCUUCCAUGUGCAGCUUGUGGCUGAAGCGCUUGCACGACAUAUCGAGGAGUUGCAUGCCUCCAUGGUUGCUGCGGAUGUGGAGGAUGUAGCGCAAGCAUUGCUGCGGCACUUGGAAUGUCAAGAGCCGACGAAGGACUCAAAGGCUGCGGACACAGACAUCGUUGCAGGUGCUCUUGCACAAAUGGCAGCGGCGAUGCCGGUUCCGAAGCCAGGUGCAACAGAAGAAGAGGAGAUGAGCGGCAAGAGUCCAGAUUCUGCAAGCACAGAUCUUGCGAUGCCGGUUCCGAAGCCAGGUGCAACAGAAGAAGAGGAGAUGAGCGGCAAGAGUCCAGAUUCUGCAAGCACAGAUCUUGCGAUGCCGGUUCCGAAGCCAGGUGCAACAGAAGAAGAGGAGAUGAGCGGCAAGAGUCCAGAUUCUGCAAGCACAGAUCUUGUCGCUAACGCGCUGGCUCAAAUGGCAUUUGCGAUGCCGGUUCCGAAGCCAGGUGCAACACAAGAAGAGGAAUUUUGUGGCGAAAGCCCGAAUGCUGUGAGCACCGAUUUUGUUGCCAGCGUUGCUGCUCGCAUGAUGAUGGCAUCGCCAUUGCCUGGAUCUGAUGCCUUCGACGAUGUGAGCAGUGGGCGCUCAGACAUUGUGCACGAAGACGUUGUUGCCAAUAUCCUGGCUCGAAUGGUUCUGGCAUCGCCAGAUCCAAAGUCUGACACACAGUCCGACAGUUUGCGGCAUGAGGAAGUGAGCAGUGGCCAUUCAGAUGCUGCAAACACAGCCCUCGCCGCAAACAUGCUCGCCCGCAUGGUCCUGGCUGCGAGUCCCUCCCCGGAGCCAAUCCCUGCGACACAAGAGCAAGAGGAGACAGGCUCUGCCAGCCAUGUGGACCUAGUCGCAACCGCACUUGCACAAAUGGUCCUCGCAAAUGGUUCGACGGCAGCUGGUACUGAUGGGGUGCACCAGGUUCUCGAGGACUCCUCUGACAGGGAGGUAGCAACCGCGGCAGCACGUGCUUUGGCCGGUGUGGUGGUUGCCGCUCAUGGUGCUGCUGACCUCGAGGAAGUCCAAGAGAUGCUUUCUCAUUUCACUCUGUGAUGAGGAGAAGUGAGACUCAGAAGCAGGAUUGCAACAAGUCUAGACCAGUGGUCUUACAACUUGGCCAAAUUGGCCAAAUUAUGCAGCAGGUCUUAAGAACGAACUGGACUGGAAAGCGCUUGUUGGACGCUUAUUGUAGAUGUGGCGAGGGCACAAGUCAAGCCGCAGUCUGCGUCACAAUUGGGCGGCUUCGUCAGCUGUUUCCAGGAGGCAUCAUGGUGGAGAUGCUGACCUGAUCCUGAUGUGAUGAGUUUUAUGUAUUUCCCGUCUUAAUUUUUAAACUGAGUUUUAUUACUGUAGCUGACGUGACGCAUCGAUGCAGUCCUUGGCUUCAAAUGAAGCUGCAUGAAUCCAGUGGUUUGUGGAGCUCAUUCGUAGUUG